AAUGACAAAACUCGUGUUUAAUGAUAAACCUUGAACGAAAAGUAGAUUUAAUUUUAUAUUUUUAUAGCACAGCCCACGGGGCCAUGGCUAUAAAGUAUUCUUCAAUUAAUUCAAUUCUUCACUCUUGUAGUGGUAGUAUUAUAAUUUUAGAAUAAUCAAAUAUCGAAUUAAAGUUUAUUUUGACCUGUGUUAUGACUGAUUAAUAUCAUCGCUCAUUAAUUAUUCUCUUUCUUUACAAUUGUGUUUUAAUCCGAUUUGUUCCGUAUUCAUCAUCUUUAUGAUUGAUAAAAUUUAUUAUCGAUGGAGUUGAAUGAUUAUUACAGUUCUCAUAAAAGUAGCUCGAAUGAAGAAGAAGCAUUACUGAAGCGUUUAAUUGCUCUAAAAAAGCAACUAGAUGAUGAUGAUGAUGAUGAUGAGGAUAAACCAAAAUUACAACGGACUCUUAAUAAUAUCAAAGAAAAUAUUGUUACUAAUAAAAAUAUUAAAUCAACAUCAAAAUUUAAGUAUUGCAAGGAUAAUAAUCAUACAGCUAAUAAAUUCCUUUCUACAAAAAUAGAUAAUCGUAAUUUUACUAACCGACAAAGUAAAAUUAAACAAAAUAGCUUAUUUGUUAAGACUAAUAAUUCUUCUUCUAAAGUGUUUAACAAACAAAAUGUGCUACAUUUCACUGCUGUCAAAACUGUUAUAAACAAAAAAAAUCCUGAAAUCUCAAAUAAUACUCAAAAUAUCAUAAAGUAUAAUUCAGAGAUUAAUGAAAUUUUGAAAAAUAGCAUUGUUAAUAAUUGCAAUUUAUCAUCAAAUGAAACAAGUUGUUAUGAAACUUCUGAUAUUUCACAAAUAUUGCAUAAUGUUGAUAAAUAUAUGAUUAAUGUUGAAGAUUAUUUAACUUCAUCAAAAUAUGUCGUUGAUAAAGAAGUAAACUCUUCAUCAGCUAAGAAAACUAAUCAAUCAAAAAAUGUUCAUGUCAAUAGGAAAUUUCAAAACCAGUUAAUUUCUAAUAAUUUGUUAAACUCAAACUUAAAAAAUGUACCAAAUUCUUUAGCAUCUAUUAAUAAGUCAACAAGUAUCAAUAAAAAAAAAAUAAUAAAGAAAUUAUCUGGAAAAAUAAUUGGAUCACCUAAUCUUGUAAAGAUAGGUAACACAAAAUUAGUACGUCAAUCAUUAUUUAGAAAUAAAUGGAAAAUCAACAAUAAACUUAAUUGCAUUGAAAAUAAUACAACUGAACGUAAACCACUCUCAACUUUACAAUGUCCGACAUUAAAUACAUUAAUACCAUAUAAAAAAAUAGAAUGGACUAAAGUUACUAACUCAACACCUGUACUUAAAUCUAAAUUAUCUAACUCAAGUAAUAUUAAUAAGUUAAAAUGGACAAAACCCAGUAUAUUAUUGGUUAAUAACGUGAAAAAUAAUACCCAUUCUUCAAUACCAAAAGCUGAUAAAUUAAUUUUAUUUGGCAAGAAUAAAAUAAUUAGACAAUCAUUAAUAAAUCCAAUACAGUCAAAAACCAAAUCUUAUAUGCUCAAACAUCUUUCACAUAGAUUUGCUCUAAUGAGAAAAUUACAGCAAAAAAACAUUGUUGCUAAAAUAAAAACUGUUACAAACAAUGAACAAGUUAAAAAUAUGUUAUUGAAAAAUACUGUAAUUAAGCCAAUUGAAAUUAAAAGAAAUGGAAAAAGGUCGUAUUCCGUGUAUUCAUAUAUAAAUCCAAUAUUGAGAUCAAAAACAAAUAGUAUUAAGUUGGAAAAAACCAGAUCCACUGAUAAUAAAAUACGUUUGCUUAACAUUUCUAAUAACAAACCUCAACAAAAUUUUAAAAUUAUAAAUAAUGAAAAAAAUAAAAUUCAAAAUUUAAGUUUAACAAAUAAUAAAACCCUCCAACGGCUCAAAAGUAAAAAAACACUUACCAAACAGCUUUGUCUAAUAUUUAAUCGGUUUGGCGUUUGUUCUAAAUUGAAUCAAGGAGAAUGUGAUAAACGUCAUUACAAAAAAUACAUCAUCCUAUGCACAAAGUUUCUAACAGGAGAAUGUCUUAAAGAGAAUUGUACAUUAUCACAUAAUAUUGUGGAAGAAAAAAUUCCAUUUUGUAAGCAUUAUUUAAAUAGUGUUUGUGUUCAAUUAAAUUGCCCGUACUUACACGAAUAUAGAAGUAAAAACACUCCUAUUUGUAAAAAAUUUCUUGACGGUUCAUGUAAUUGGGGAAAAAAAUGCCCUAAAAAACACUUGAAUCUAUGUCCAAUUUUUGAAACAAAGAAUGAAUGUCCACAUGGUCAAAAAUGCUUAUACCCUCACAUUCAAUGUGAAGAGAAAAAUACUGUUGUUGAAAUCAAUGAACCCAGAUACUUUGAGAUAUCGAUACCCAAUAGUAAUGAAUCUAAUGAAAACGAGUCCAUUCAUAUUGUACCCAAACGCCGCGCACCUUUAUUGGACUUACCAUCUUAUAUACCUUUGAAAAAACAAUAAGUUGUCUACAAUUAUGUAGAUUUACUUUUAGGGAAAUGUUCAAUAUCAAAAAGUCUGGUAUGUAAAAAGUUAUUAUUUUUAAUUUGUACAUGUGUAUGGACUACAUAAUUAAAUAUCCAAUUAAAAUAAUUAUUGGUGAACAUGUUUUUAUACAUAUAAAUAAUAUAUAUAUAUAUA